UGAGCCGAGCAGUGCGGGCCCGGGAGGAGCGGACGCGAGAAGGACGGGCUGACGAACUGAUAGAUUGACGCGCGGACGACUGGAAGGAGGACCGACGUCAACCUCACACUCCCGCCCUCGCGCUCCCGCCUCAGCCCGGAGCCGGCCGCCGGCCUCGAAACCGCGUUCUCCUCCGCCAGGCUAGGAGCCUUCAGGUUCUCAACAUGACGGCUGAAGAAACAGUGAACGUGAAAGAGGUUGAAAUCAUUAAGCUAAUUUUGGACUUCUUGAAUUCAAAGAAGCUUCACAUUAGUAUGUUGGCCCUUGAGAAAGAAAGUGGAGUCAUAAAUGGCUUAUUUUCAGAUGAUAUGCUUUUCCUGAGGCAGCUAAUCCUUGAUGGUCAGUGGGAUGAAGUUCUUCAGUUCAUCCAGCCUCUAGAAUGUAUGGAAAAAUUUGACAAAAAAAGGUUUCGUUAUAUUAUCCUGAAGCAGAAGUUUUUAGAAGCUUUAUGUGUUAACAAUGCAAUGUCAGCAGAAGAUGAGCCCCAGCAUUUGGAAUUUACCAUGCAAGAAGCUGUGCAAUGUUUACAUGCUCUAGAAGAGUACUGUCCUUCUAAAGAUGACUAUAGCAAGCUCUGUUUGCUCUUGACUUUGCCUCGUCUAACCAAUCAUGCAGAAUUUAAGGACUGGAAUCCCAGCACUGCACGAGUUCACUGUUUUGAAGAGGCUUGUGUCAUGGUUGCAGAAUUCAUCCCUGCUGACAGGAAGCUAAGUGAGGCUGGCUUUAAAGCAAGUAACAAUCGUUUAUUUCAGCUUGUAAUGAAGGGCCUACUUUAUGAAUGCUGUGUAGAAUUUUGCCAGAGUAAAGCAACUGGAGAAGAAAUCACAGAAAGUGAAGUACUUCUUGGCAUCGACCUUUUAUGUGGUAAUGGUUGUGAUGAUUUGGAUCUGAGUUUAUUAUCCUGGCUUCAGAAUCUUCCUUCUUCUGUCUUCUCUUGUGCUUUUGAACAGAAAAUGCUGAAUAUUCAUGUCGACAAACUUCUGAAACCUACAAAAGCUGCAUAUGCAGAUCUUUUGACUCCACUUAUCAGCAAACUUUCUCCCUAUCCAUCUUCCCCAAUGAGAAGACCUCAAUCAGCUGAUGCCUAUAUGACUCGCUCUCUGAAUCCUGCGUUAGAUGGCCUCACCUGUGGACUAACCAGUCAUGAUAAAAGAAUCUCAGACCUUGGAAACAAAACUUCUCCAAUGUCACAUUCCUUUGCCAACUUCCAUUAUCCAGGGGUACAAAAUCUCAGUAGAAGUCUCAUGCUUGAGAAUACAGAAUGUCACAGUAUUUACGAAGAAUCCCCUGAGCGAAGUGAUACACCUGUUGAGGCACAGAGACAUAUCAGCAGUGAAGUUUUGGGCCAAAGUUCAAUUUCUGAAAAGGAGCCUGCAAAUGGAGCACAGAACCCAGGACCGGCUAAGCAGGAAAAAAAUGAGCUUCGUGAUUCCACUGAACAAUUUCAAGAAUAUUACAGGCAGAGAUUGCGCUAUCAACAGCAUUUAGAACAGAAGGAGCAGCAGAGACAGCUCUACCAGCAAAUGCUGCUUGAAGGAGGUGUGAAUCAGGAGGACGGUCCUGACCAGCAGCAGAAUCUUACUGAGCAGUUCCUUAACAGGUCCAUUCAAAAGCUUGGUGAAUUAAAUAUUGGAAUGGAUAGCCUUGGUAAUGAGGUGGCAGUGCUCAACCAGCAGUGUAAUGGGAGCAAAGGUGAUGGAUCGAAUAGUUCAUCUGGGACUAGUUUUGCUACGCCACCUCAAGACUCCAGUCAAAGAUUAACACAUGAUGCUUCAAAUAUUCACACAAGCACUCCCCGGAAUCCUGGAUCAACAAGUCAUAUACCUUUUCUUGAAGAAUCGCCUCCUUGCGGAACCCAAGUCUCAUCAGAACAUUCAGUCAUUAAGCCAUCUCUUGGAGAUUCUUCAGGGAGUUUAUCAAGGUCAAGAGGGGAAGAGGAUGACAAAUCAAAAAAGCAAUUCGUUUGUAUUAAUACCCUAGAAGACACACAAGCUGUUAGAGCAGUGGCUUUUCAUCCAAGUGGUAGUUUAUAUGCUGUUGGUUCAAAUUCAAAAACUCUGAGAGUAUGUGCCUAUCCAGAAGUAAUAGAUCCAAGUGCACAUGACACUCCUAAGCAGCCAGUGGUACGUUUUAAAAGGAAUAAACAUCAUAAAGGAUCCAUUUACUGUGUGGCUUGGAGUCCUUGUGGUCAGUUAUUAGCAACAGGAUCAAAUGACAAAUACGUUAAAGUGCUGCCCUUCAAUGCAGAGACUUGUAACGCAACAGGACCGGAUCUGGAAUUUAGUAUGCAUGAUGGGACAAUUAGAGACUUGGCAUUUAUGGAAGGCCCAGAAAGCGGCGGAGCUAUUUUAAUAAGUGCCGGAGCAGGGGACUGUAACAUUUAUACAACAGAUUGUCAAAGGGGACAGGGCCUCCAUGCUCUGAGUGGACAUACUGGGCAUAUUUUGGCACUUUAUACCUGGAGUGGCUGGAUGAUUGCAUCUGGUUCCCAAGAUAAGACUGUUAGAUUCUGGGAUCUUCGAGUGCCAAGCUGUGUUCGUGUUGUUGGCACAACAUUUCAUGGAACUGGCAGUGCAGUGGCAUCUGUAGCUGUAGAUCCCAGUGGACGUCUCUUAGCAACAGGUCAAGAAGAUUCUAGCUGCAUGUUGUAUGACAUAAGAGGAGGAAGAAUGGUGCAAAGUUAUCACCCUCAUUCCAGUGAUGUUCGCUCUGUUCGAUUUUCCCCUGGCGCUCACUACUUGCUAACAGGCUCUUAUGAUAUGAAAAUAAAGGUGACAGACUUACAAGGGGACCUCACUAAGCAGCUUCCUAUCAUGGUGGUAGGGGAACAUAAGGACAAAGUGAUUCAGUGCAGAUGGCACACCCAGGACCUUUCCUUCCUGUCAUCCUCUGCAGACAGAACUGUGACCCUGUGGACUUACAAUGGCUAGAGUACACCCUGGUUAGUCUCUGCAGUGAAAGCACAGAGACUUAAGACUACUGAAUUGUGAGAAUGGAAGAGCACAGAUGUCCACGGAAGUGGUUUAGAAGAAGCAAACUCCUUGUUACCGUGUAUCCUGUUGAUAGGAGGUGCUGGGUGGUGGUGUUCCGCAGUGCUUUCAGUCUCCAUGUGAGCUCCUGCUUCCGUAUUCUUCUUGCCAAAGUCUUUGGAAGAGCUCUUAUGUUGGCGUGCACGCCAAGUCAAGGUGGACUGUCUGUCCACGGUUUAUUGUUAAAUGCACCCCUUGGUCUUUGCCCAAAUAACAGUUUUAUAUACACAUUGAAACUGAAUUAUACUUCAAGUAUAUUGUUACACAUAAUGCAACUAAGUUUUACCAAGAUUGAACAUAGGUGUUCAGAAAUUACUUUGCUCUUCUCACAGCCCCAUAUUGUAUCAUUUGUCUUCUAGAGGCCAGAAUUUGGUAUGUCUCAAAAUUUACAUUGUCAUUUUCACUUAAGGAUCAUUAAGGAGUUUAAAGAUGAAUAGAAAACUGCUUCUUAGUUCAUUAGGUAGUAUAGGCCUUUUCUUUUUAUUAAACCCAGGGAUAUGGUUACUAUUCUGUCACAUAAUUUUGUUUCAGGCAAAAGAUAAAGUGCUUGCUUCAGUUUUUGAGUGCAGCGAGAGACCUCCCUCGUAAGCUGUACUGUAGAAGCAGAGCAGCAGCAGUGUGGGUGCAGUAUUUGAUGGUACUUAUCCUACUGGCUAGUGUUUUCCUCUUAAAAUUAAAAACUUUGCCAUAGACUAUAGCAUGGCUUGAAAUGCUAUGUCUGCAUGAUAAUUUAAAAUGAAAAAUUUAAACUUUGCACUCCAAGAGUUUAUUUGGAUUUUUUUCUUGCACUGUUUUGUGUAAUGCAGAUUAAUGAUCUUGUUGGUAUGGCAUUGUAGAUCCUAACAUUUAUGUAUCUUUUAUUUUCAUAUUGUACAGUAAUUUUAUUUUAAAUUAUUAAAUAGGCUAUUUUUAUUUAUUUCAAUUGCAGUAAUAUUGGUUCUAGUUAUUGAACUGUGUGUGCACUGUAUGUAGCAAGCAUUUUAAUCUGUUGUACACAGUGGAAAGAGUAUUAGAAGUGUAACUGUGCUUUUAUUUCAAUAAAGAUCUCUUG